AUGUCAUUCAAUGCUAAAACAUCGGGUACGGUCAUACCGCCGCGUUCUUCACAAUAUGUUGGACCUUAUCUUCUACAGAAAACCUUAGGCAAAGGUCAAACAGGACUUGUCAAAUUAGGUGUUCAUUAUGUAACAGGAGAUAAAGUUGCUAUUAAAAUAGUCAAUCGUGAAGCAUUAUCAGAAUCAGUUUUAUUAAAAGUUGAGCGGGAAAUAGCAAUUAUGAAAUUAAUCGAACAUCCACAUGUUUUACGUAUACAUGAUGUUUAUGAAAGUCGAAAAUAUUUAUAUCUUAUUCUUGAACAUGUUGCUGGCGGAGAACUUUUUGAUUAUCUUGUAAAAAAAGGUCGUUUAACACCGAAAGAAGCAAGAAAAUUUUUCCGUCAAAUUAUAUCUGCACUUGAUUUUUGUCAUAGUCAUAUGAUUUGUCAUCGUGAUUUGAAACCUGAAAAUUUAUUAUUGGAUGAUAAAAUGAAUAUACGUGUAGCAGAUUUUGGUAUGGCAUCAUUACAAGUUGAAGGUGGUUUUCUUGAAACUAGUUGUGGUUCACCACAUUAUGCUUGUCCUGAAGUAAUUAAGGGCGAAAAAUAUGAUGGACGUAAAGCUGAUGUUUGGUCGUGCGGUGUUAUUCUUUAUGCAUUACUCGUGGGUGCAUUGCCAUUCGAUGAUGAUAAUCUUCGUCAAUUACUCGAAAAAGUCAAAAAAGGAAUUUUUCAUAUUCCACAUUUUGUACCGGUUGAUUGUCAACAAUUAUUACGUGGAAUGAUUGAAAUUGAUCCAAAUAAACGAUUAACGUUAGAAGAUGUCAGUCGACAUCCUUGGGUAACACAGGGUUCAAAAGCUGAUCUUGAACUUGAAUUACCCAUGGUACAAGUUGUUCAAACAAUAAUCAUUCCGAAAGAGGAAGAUAUUGAUACAGAUGUCUUUGCAGCUAUGACAUCACUUGGUUGUUUUAAAGAUCGACAACGAUUACUUGAAGGAUUAUUAAAUUCAAAACAUAACACAGAAAAAGUUAUUUAUUUUCUUUUAUUGGAUCGUAAAUUACGUCAACCAACUGUUGACGAUACAGAUGAUACAAAACAACGAAGUCGUUCUGGCUCACCGGAUGUUCCACUCAAACGUGUUGAUCGUCAACGUUCAAAUGGACAAAUUCCUAACUCAAGUGGCUAUCGAACUAGUACAAUUGGACAAUUAACUGAAGGUUCUCCAUUAGUAUCACGAAGAAAACUCUAUUCAAAUGUUAGUAAUAAAACAAUUUCGGCAAAUAAUACUCCAUCAGUUAGUCCAUGUUCAUCACCAACAAUCGUUAAAAAAGAUGUUUUUUCAAAAAUUACUGCAUUUACAACUGGUAAAACUUCAGUUGAAAAUCAAAUAUCAUCUGUUCAAACGCCUCCAUCAACUCAACAUCAUAUUCAUCGUCAUCAUCGUAAUACAUCAACUGUUUCACAAAAUGAUAAUAUUCUUACAACACAACCAUCAACACAAUCAAUAGCUUGUAAUAGUAUUAGUGAUCAAUCAUAUGCAUCUGCUAUUAAAGAUUUAACAACAAAUAAUGCGACUAUUAUUAAUAAUGGUACAGUAACUUAUCAUCCAACACGACAACAAUCAACUUCAGCAUCAACAACAUCAGAAUCAAUGAAUAUGGAACUAUCACCAUCGAUUCUAUCAAAUAAUAAUAAUGUUAAUAAUAAUAGCAAUUCUUCAAUUGCUUCAUCAUCAAUGAAUAAUAAUCAAUGGAGACAUAAAUUAACUAAUUUAAAACAAAGUUUUCAAAAUGUUGGUACACCAAGAUUUCAUCGACGACCAAAAGUUUUAUUAACUGAAAGUGAUAGUACAACAACAUCAAAUUCACCAUCACAAUAUGGUACAACACCUGAAGCAACAAAAAAAUCAUUAUUUCAUCAUAUUAUCGAUGCUAUGCAAGAAGAUCAUCAUAUGAUUGUUGUUAAAGAUCGACCAUUAUCAGCUAUUAAAACUGAUCUUAUUCAUGCAUUUUUAUCUACACCUGAUUUGGUACAUAAUGUUUUAUCUGGCACUCAAUAUCGAUGUGAAUAUCGUCGAGCUGAUCGUUCAUCAAUGUUUCAACGUAAUAUACGUUUUCAUGUUGAAAUUUGUACAGUUAAAUCGAAUGAUUCAUCAGCAACAGAUAGUUAUUAUGUUACAUUUACUCUGAUAACUGGACAAGCAAGACGUUUUAAAAAAUUAUGUGAAGAAAUUCAAACAUUAUUUUUAACAAGUAAAGAUCGUUUAGCUAAACAACGACGACAAACAAAUGAAAAUCGUCCUAUUAAUACAAAUACUAAUUCAACAACAACAACAACAGCAACAAAUCGUUCUAACGCAUCAUUUAUUUCAUCCUUAUUUGGCAAUACAAAUUCUUCAUAUGUUAAAUCAAAUGUUUCGCAACAACAACAACAACAACAACAGCAAUCAUCAUCAUCAUCCACAUCAUCUCUUUCAUCAACAUCUAAUAUAUCUUUAACUAAUCCACCAUUACCAAUAAAUGAUGAUCCAUCAGCAAUAGAAUCUAAUCGUAUAAAGUUUGCUCAUCGUCCUGCAGUUUAG